CUUUUGUUUUGUGCACAGGCAACGAUUAGGGCACUUUCUAGACAACUACUCUCACUCUUCGAUUUAGCCCAAUCGGAGUAAAAAAAUUCUCUCUCCUGAAAGAAAAUCGAAGAGAAAACGAGAGAAAAUUCAACUAGGAACUUGUUAAAGUUAGUUAGAACUGUGUGGUCGAUAUGAAUGGUGAUGGGGAAGGGGAUGAAGGAGUUGUGAGAAUGGAGGAGGAGGUGAAGGAGAGGUUGGUGUUCAUGUGGGGGUACCUACCCGGAGCUCUGCCGCAGAGGUCGCCGCUGCUGUCUCCGGUGGCGGUUACGCUUCCGCCGUCGAGCGGGGCAGGAUGCUCGUGGAAGGAUGUGUGCGGCGGCGGUUGCGGCUUCGCUAUGGCCAUUUCAGAGUCCGGAAAGCUCAUCACAUGGGGCUCAACAGAUGAUCUAGGUCAGAGCUAUGUUACUUCCGGAAAGCAUGGGGAAACCCCAGAGCCUUUUCCUCUCCCCACAGAAGCUUCAAUAGUCAAAGCUGCAGCUGGUUGGGCGCAUUGUGUUGCAGCUACAGAACAUGGGGAAGUAUACACAUGGGGAUGGAAAGAGUGUAUACCAUCUGGGAAGGUAUUCGCGGAUCCAUCUACAGGGAUAAGCCCAGAGAAGGAUGUCAUUGAAAGACAGAGUUCAUUUAUGACAGAACAAGUGAGUCCUCGCUCUCAGGGAUCCAAACCUUCUGGUGGACCAGCAUCCAGUGCGGACAGCAGAGGAGGUGGAGAGGAAAGUACAAAACGCAGACGAAUGUCAUCAUCUAAGCAAGCAGCAGAAGCAUCGACGUCUGGUGAUGACACUCUCUCAGCGUUGCCAUGUCUUGUAACAUUGAACCCAGGAGUAAAGAUUGCCACCGUUGCUGCUGGUGGGCGCCACACAUUAGUAUUGUCAGAUAUAGGACAGGUGUGGGGUUGGGGUUAUGGAGGCGAGGGGCAGCUAGGAUUGGGCUCCCGGAUACGGAUGGUGUCCUCUCCACAUCCUGUACCUUGCGUGGAUUCCUCCUCUUCGGCGAAAGAUAGACCUAUGACCCUUUCAAGGGGUGGCUUGACUUCAGAUGGACAGGGUUUUAGAGUUCCAGGAAGCUAUGUCAAGGGAAUUGCCUGUGGAGGGAGACAUAGUGCAGUGAUUACAGAUGCUGGAGCAUUACUUACUUUUGGCUGGGGUCUGUAUGGGCAGUGUGGGCAAGGAAGCACAGAUGAUGAGCUCAGGCCUACUUGUGUAUCUUCUCUGCUUGGUAUCCGGAUAGAGGGUGUGGCUGCAGGACUCUGGCACACUGUCUGUAUUUCUGCUGAUGGUGAUGUUUAUGCGUUUGGUGGGAAUCAAUUUGGCCAGUUGGGAACAGGCACCGAUCAGGCAGAGACACUUCCCAGGCUUCUUGAUGCUCCAAGUUUGGAAAACAUGCAUGCGCAAACAAUAUCUUGCGGGGCUCGUCAUAGUGCUGUAGUUUCAGAUGAUGGCAAAGUGUUCUGCUGGGGUUGGAACAAGUAUGGCCAGCUUGGCUUGGGCGACGUGAUUGAUCGGAACAUUCCUUCCCAAGUCCCAAUUGAUGGGUGUGUCCCUAAAAACAUCGCAUGUGGCUGGUGGCAUACCCUUCUGCUUGCUGAAACACCUACUUAACACGCGCCUUAGCUCAAAAUGGUUGAUCACAGUUUUGUUAGUUUAGUUGUUUCUUACAUUGAUAUAUACCUAUGUGCCGUAUGUAUAUGUACAUGCAAUAGUUUUCACAAAUAUGCAUUUACAUAUCCAUGCUAUCAUUCUUCCAUGGUCAAGGUUUGCCAUGAUUGGGUUGCAUUUUAGCAGUACUGCUAGGAUAUCCUCCUGAGAUGUAUAAACACCGUCCCUCCGGUUCAUUGUACAUAUCAUUGUCCAGUGCAUUCAUUGUAAACUGAAUGGCUGAUAACUUCUGACUUACGUAUGGGAUGUUUUCGGAAUUUCCCUUAUAAAAUGUAAUAGUAGUACUAGUAACUCUUUGUCA